AUGUAUAUAUGCAUACAAAAUUAUGUAUUUUCGAAUAAGAUUUUUAUUUUCAUUUUUCUUUUUUUGUUUCGGUUAUCCCUUCAUUUUUUUCCUUUUGGUUAUCGUAGGAGGAAGAGAGAAAACUCUUCCACAAUGCCCCGUGCGUACUACAAACCUUUUACUGUCUAUGAAGAGAUGGUGGGGUUUCAUGGUGCAAAGCGGAAUGCAUAUAUCUGUUGUGCACUGCUUUUUGGUGGGCUGAUUUUCAAGCUUGCUGUACUAUCGCAAUAUUCAACAGUGGUUAAUCACAAUGAUACUUUCUCCCUUGAGGACAAUCCUCAAUAUCAAAUGAUGAUGGCAGAGAGGAUGGAACUGGCAGGAAAUCUUGCUUCACGUGAAGCCAUGCAAAGGGUGUUAAUGUCGCGACGUGCACCGCCAGCAUAG